UGUUGCCACACAAGAACUUGACAGCGAGGAGAGGAGGAGCGGGUCUGCUGAGGACCGAAGCCCGAGCAGCACGCACUGAAGCGGGCAGUAAAAGUUCGCCCUGUCCGUGUCUCCGGUGGUCCCAGGAACCAGCCGCUCACCGCUGGAGUCUUUCUAAAGCCUAGCAGUUCCCCCACUCAGACAUGAGGAGCCCUCCAGGCCUGGCUCGCUGAGCAGUUGAGAUCAGAGUUCAAGCGCUUGUUCCGGCAGUCAUGGCUGACAGAGAGGGGCUGCCUAUUCCCCCAGGCCAGGUCUACAUCGAGGUGGAGUAUGACUACGAGUACAAGGCCAAAGACAAGAUGGUGGCUAUCCGUCAGGGGGAGUGCUACAUGCUGGUGAAGAAGACCAAUGAGGACUGGUGGCAGGUGAAGAAAGAGGAAGGCUCAAAGACCUUUUAUGUGCCAGCGCAGUACGUCAGGGAGGUGCGUCGGGCGCUCAUGCCCCCCCCGAAGCCCAGCUUGAGGGCCAAGCCCACAGUUUUGGACAUUUGCCGGGCGUCCAAUGAAAAUCUCAACAGACCCCAACCAGAAAUGUCCAGCUUUGGACGUCCGCCACCUUCAUCUACCCCGUCGCCAUCUUCUGAUCGUGUCACGCCACCAGCUCUACCCAAGGAUGCUAACCAGAACCUGGGGAGUCCCCUUCAUUGCAAGGUGGUAGCUGAACUAGUACUUCUUCACAACAACAAUAACCAUCACCACGGCAACAAUGCCACGUUGCCACGGACACGGGCUGACUCACCUCCACUCAAAGUGGGGAACAACCACAACAGAAGUCCAGACAUUGUCAAGACCUCCCCACCCAGCGACCUGCCGGGAGAGGGGCUGAGCAAGUUCCGCAACGACUCCGAGUCUGGGGAUGAGCUGAGCAGCAGCUCAACAGAACACAUGCAGACAACUUCACCUACAGGUCCGGGCCGGUCCGACUCUCCGGUCUACACCAACCUCCAGGAGCUGAAGAUCUCGCAGUCCAGCCUGCCGCCCAUCCCCUCCGGCUCACCCCUUCACAUCCUGGGCGACUGGGAGACCCACAAGGACCUGAGCGGCAGGCAUUUCUACUACAACCGAGCCAGCGGGGAGCGGACCUGGAAGCCCCCCCGCACCAGGGACACCAGCGGCAGCAGCAGCAGUAUGCGAGGGGACAGCCAGGGCAUGGUGGAUAGUGAGCUGCUGUCCUCAGAAGAAAACUGUCACAGCACCCACUCCAGUCAGUCCGACAGCCAGUACGGGUCGCCCCCUAGAGGCUGGUCUGAGGAGCUGGACGAACACGGACACACACUCUACGUGUCUGAAUACACACAGGAGAAGUGGAUAAAGCAUGUGGAUGAACAAGGCCGACCUUACUACUACAGCGCUGACGGAUCCAGGUCAGAGUGGGAGCUGCCCAAGUACAACGUCUCCCCUCAGUCCGGCGAGGUUCCCAAGAGUCGCAGUCUGGAGAGGAAGCAGCAGGAGCCCAUUGUCCUCACCAAGUGGCGACACAGCACCUAUGUGUUAGACCUCAACGACAAGGAGUGUGCUCCGGUGCCCAAGCAGAGUUCUCCAGAUUCUGACUCCUGCCCCUCAUCUCCUAAACACCCCUCAACCCCCUCAGAGAAGUGUGGCGUCCUCAAUGUCACCAAAAUCACAGAAAAUGGAAAGAAAGUCAGGAAGAACUGGACGUCAUCAUGGACAGUGCUGCAGGGUCACUCUCUGCUCUUUGCCAAGGGCCAGGGGGGCAGCACGAGCUGGUCCUACUACCGCAGUGGCUCCAUCCCAGAGCUGCUCCUCACUCUCCUUAGCAACUGGAAGCGCUCAGUCAAGCCCCGUCCUGCUGUCUCCUAUGUGAACUGUAGGCCUGUGCAGGCUGCCGCUAAGUUUGGCAGCAACCAAUCCAAGCCCGAGUUUACCGUCGAUCUGCGAGGAGGGUCUGUGGACUGGGCGUCCAAGGACAAGUCCAGCAAGAAGCAUGUCAUCGAGCUGAAGACCCGUCAGGGGACAGAGCUGCUGAUCCAGUCCGAGAUCGACAGCGUGAUCAAUGACUGGUUCCGGGCCCUGACAGAGACCAUCAACACACAUGCCUGGGAGUCAGAUGAAGCCAUUGAGGAGGACAUGCCUGAGUCUCCUGGAACUGAGAAACAGGACAAGGAGAAAGACCACCGGGAGUCUAAGAAGAACAGAGUGAUGAAGACCUCUAUGAGCAUGGACUCAUCAGACCAGAAGAAAACCAGGUUGAAGCUCAAGAAGUUCCUCACGCGUCGACCCACAUAUCAGGCCGUCAGAGACAAAGGAUACAUCAAAGAUCAGGUGUUUGGCUGCAGUCUGACCAGCCUGUGCCAGCGGGAGAACACAUCAGUGCCCAACUUUGUUAAAAUGUGCAUCGACCAUGUGGAGAACACGGGUCUCAAUGUUGACGGCUUGUACAGAGUCAGUGGGAACCUGGCAGUGAUACAGAAGCUUCGCUUUGCUGUGAAUCACGAUGAGACGGUGGAUCUGGACGACAGUAAGUGGGAAGACAUCCACGUCACCACCGGAGCUCUCAAGAUGUUCUUCAGGGAGCUUCCUGAGCCGCUCUUCACAUACGGAUCCUUCGAAGACUUUGUUGAGGCCAUCAAAUGUUCCGACUACAAACAGAGAGUGAAUUCAAUCAAAGACUUGAUCAAGAACUUGCCAAAACCAAACCACGACACAAUGCAAAACCUCUUCGAACACCUGCGCAGGGUGAUUGACCACGGAGAGGCCAACCGCAUGACCACCCCGAGCGUGGCCAUCGUGUUCGGACCCACGCUGCUCCGGCCCGAGACGGAGACGGGCAACAUCGCGGUCCACAUGGUCUACCAGAACCAGAUAGUGGAGCUCAUACUGCUCGAGUACGAGAGCAUCUUCGGGAGGUAGAGGCGUCCCCGCUCAGGAGAGGAUGCUGGGCUGCUUCUUCAAACAGUGACUUCUUUUCCUUUAUUCCCUCUUUUCUGUGGCUGAACUGAACAACGAUGUGGACCAAGCAAGUCGGGAGAAAAUGAUCAAAUUUACACUCACUGACGGGACAAUUUACAAAGGUGUUGCACUUACAGGAGUUCUGGAGAUGAAUAUAAAGAAAAAAAAUAACGGUGAACAAAUUUCACCCGAUCCUUGCAGCCGCUGCGAGCAGCGAUGCCGUGACGUGGUGACGUGUGGAACGUCCGUGUGAUUUGGUGGAUUUGAGUAUUCAGGUGUUUUUUGGCGUACACUGGAUCCCUGAGGCCAGUAAUUCAGAACUUCAUACUGGGGCCGGUGGCGCUCCUUCAACCGGACUGCAGCGGGUCACUGCAGCAACGUGCUGACCUCCUCGCGCCCGUGGAGAUGGAUCUGAGAUGGAUGCGUCUCGUGUGUCGUGGAGCUUUUUGUCUGUGACGUGUGUGUGAACCCACCGUGGUUUCGGAUCAGGUGGGGAAAAAUAAAUCAGUGUUAUGUAAACGGACUGUGUUUUGGCACUUGGAUGAACUGGAGUUACAGAUCGUGUCCCCCACAACCUUUAGUGACACCAUCGACCCCUCCCCCCUCACCUCUACUUCCCCUUUUCAACCAGUGUUAACCAUUGACCCUGUGACACGAGCGUCCCAUGACUUGAAUGACGGAGAACAGAGCCUCCAUUUGUGUGUUUGUGUGUGUGUGUGAGUGAAUUAACCUAAAUGGAAUAAAACCUGAGCAGAAGCAUCCUCGUCUUUGCCACUUUGUACAAACUGUGUGUCGUGUAGUCUUAACGUGCUUUUGGUCAAGUUUCCGUUUAACUGCCCGGGGGUCGUCGUGCGUGCUCUUUUAAUGAAACCUCAGUGUUGGCGUCCUGUGGUGGUGGGAAACAACUGAAACCAUGGUGUUACUGGGAAACGAUGGCGGCCGCGUUCACCAUUUCACAUGAACUGUGUCCGACUCGUAGCGACCCCUCUCCUCACCGUUGCUAAUAUUAAAGAGUAUUCAGAGAAGGGAAUCGGGGACGAGAAUAUGUCAGAAGGUCGACGUACGCGAGUGUGUGGGUGUUAGAAUGAGAAGAGCCUUUAAGAAGCUUUCAGAGCUUAUGUACAGUGACAGAAAAUAGUUGUUAAAAUGUGUUCUAGUGACUGAAGUGUGUAUGCCUUGAUGGUGAACCAGUGAACGAUGAUUUUCUUUAGAUUUUGGAAUGAAAACAUGAGAAAACAAACACAUGAUGAUGGACUGUUACUUUUGUUUGGAGGUGUAUCUGGAGUGUUUGCGCAUGGUCAGCUGCACAUUUGAAUGUAAUUAUCAGGCUAACUGCUGUUUGUGAAAUUGCUAUGUCUAAUAAAAAGACAAACUAAA